CACGAGGACGGAGGCGCCGUACCUCAGGGACCUCCAACCAAGGAGACAGACAGCUCGGGAACGCACAGACUAAUUGACUCGCGAUGAUGCUCGCGAGUUGCGUCCCGACCCCGACGGUGGCCGCGAGCGCCCGUAACGCGCGACGAAUCAACCGAGCGCCCGCCGCCAUGAAAUGCGUCAACCGCCGCUCGAGGAGUCGCGUCGUGGCCCGCGCCGAGAGCUCUUCUCCGGACGCCAUCGCCGACAACGUUGAUCGGGCCGCGAAACUCCUCGACCAGAUCAUCAAGGAGACGGUGGAGCAGAUAUUCGUCGAGGAGGCCGUCGAGGAGGUCAUCCCGGGCGACGACGACGACGACGUGAAAAUCUCGAACGGCGCAGGGAAGGGCGAGAUGGCGCCGAAGCCCAUGGUGGACAAGGAGGCGGUGCUGCGCGGGGUCGUCCUGAAACACCUAGACGAAUUUGACGGCUCGUUCCUCGCCGCCAUCUCGGCGUACGUGCAGGUCGCGGAGGCAUCCGGCGACUUUGGCCUGUUGUCCAUGCUCGCCGCCAUCCGCGAGGAGGUCAUCGCGGCGGUGUCGGGGGAGAUGCAACCGGAGAUUCAGGUGGUGCAGCUCGUCGCCAGACUGGCGAGAAAGGAGGAUAGGCUGGAAGUGCUACGGGCGGCGAACAGGGGCGGAGGUAAAGCUGUCGGGGAGAACGUGCCCGCGGCGAAGAUUGAGAGCGUUGAAAACACCGCGGCUCGGCUGUGCGACGAGAUGGAGUCGACAGAGCACGUCCCCAACUGGCAGCUUCUCUACCAGCUGCUGUUAACGAGGGAGACCAGCAGGCAGCUGCAUCCAAAAGCUGACGAUAUGGGCGUGUACAACACCACGGUGCUGAACUCCUCCUUUUCGCCGUCCGAGAUUCCCGUCGCGGAGGCGGCGAUGAUCAAGGAGUUGGUGAUGAUUUCGGAUCCGAUGAGCCGGCGCGCAAACAUCAUGGCCAAGUUCGUGGAAUGCCAGGAGCUGGACGAGUCCGCGACGCGGUCCAACCUGGACAGCGGAAAGAUCAAGCUGAAGCGCACGAGCCGGGGCUUCAAGCCGCGGGAAGAGGUCACCGGCGAAGAUCGCGGGAUGGACGUGUUCGACAUUCGCGACAUCCGCCCCGGGCGAUUCAUCGACUGCGUGCUGAACAUGAGGGUCGCGAUGCAGCGGGAGGGUCCCGAGGCGGCGGUGAUGGUCGAGGUUCUCACGGCAAUGUACUUUGAGGCGUGCGACGUGGUGCUGGAGCAGGCGGAUAAGGGCACCAAGAAGUACCGGGCCUCGGAGAAGUCCCUCGAGGAGUUUGGAGACUCUAAAAGCUAGAAUAUCAUUCGAUCGUUACGUGCCUACU